GACUAAAAACCUCGAAAUGAAGCACAGUCUACUAUACACCAUUAAAAAUGAAAGCAUUCAUCGUUUUUGCAGCUCUUGUUUUGGCAGUAUCAGCUAGUUCGGAGCUUAAAGCUGCCCAGCUAUGGUCCGAAUUCAAGACCAAGCACACCAAGCUUUACCAAGACAAAGUUGAGGAGACGAAAAGAUUCGCCAUUUUCCGAGACAACCUGAAGAAAAUCGAAGAACAAAAUGCCCUUUUCGCCAAAGGAGAAUCAACAUACACUCUGGGAAUCACUAAGUUCGCUGACAUGACCUCUGAAGAGUUUGGAGCUAUGCUCAGACAGUCCUACAAACAAAGACCCAACGUCAACGUUACCAGACCUGUAUACAAGGCACCAAUAGGUGCAGUAAGUCCAGACACCUUCGACUGGAGGGACCAAGGAGUUGUCAACCCAAUCAAAGACCAAGGAAGCUGUGGAUCGUGCUGGGCUUUCGCCAGUACCGCAGUAGUUGAAGGUGCCUACGCUAUCAAGACCGGUGAACUUAAGUCUCUUUCCGAACAGCAACUGGUAGACUGUGCAACUGGAGGUAGCUACAUCAGCCAAGGAUGCAAUGGAGGUAUCUACCAAGAUGCUUUGGACUACGCUGUGAAGAACGGAAUUGUAGCUGAAAGCGACUAUGUUUACACCGCCAAAACCGAGACGUGCAAGACUGGUCUUACAGCUGCAGUCAACAUUAAAAGGUAUGCCUUUUACGAAAUAACUAAAUAG